AUGACAUAUCCUUUAAUGGACUUUUCGAAAAGAGAAUUGGAUCCGUUUACAUCGCGGCAGCAUUUGCUUCAUCAUACAUAUUCUCCCCUAAUCUCGUUGCAAUCCACGAUUAAUGCCGACUUGUUACUCCAAUCAGCUCUUGAACAAAAUGACAAGGACAUUGAGAAUGUCGUUAAUGAUGAUGGUCACGUUGAUGACGUUGAAGGCGACGUUGAUGAUGUUGAUGUAAAUGAUGAUGAUGGCAGCAGAACCGAUGUCAAGAGCUCCGGCUUCAAGAAUGUGCUGACUUCAGCCUUACAGAUCUUUAGACCAUUUGGAAACAAUGUGAGAUACAGCAUACCAAAUCAACAGUUUAAAAUUACCAAUAACCAAUUAAUCACAAAGACAUAUGCUAGCUUCCCCGUGAGAUUUGAGCCAACGUUACUGGAACUAUUGUCUAUCUCUACGGCACAGCAGAUGCAAGCAAGUACAUCUCAAGCAGCACAUACAUCUGAUGUGUCGUCUGCAACUGCUGCAUCUUCCUCGGAUAGGCUUUCAAAUAGUGGGUCGCUACCUCCCAUCCAACAAAUGACAUCUUCCCCGCAACUACAACAACUAUUCAGUAUAUCAUCAUUAGAAAAAUAUCUUCGUCACUUGGCCAAUAAAGAUCAAAUAGGCGUAGAUGAAAUCAAAACUACCAUUCUGGAAAACAAUGACGCUGGUGCAGAUGAUUUAUAUUUAACAUUCUUUGACAAGAUCAUCACUUCAAACAGGAUUACACCAUUUGAAACAUUUAAUCAUCCCAUCAGCCACCUAUUUGUGAUUAAUUAUGAAAAGGACUCUAUUGACGACUUGCGCCUGUCAAUUGUUAAAUUUCGAAACUAUAAUUUCCCCAAAUAUUUCCAAAUUGAUGAUUUAUUAAUGCAUGUUUUCGUUGUUUACAACCCAGGUGAGGUGAAGAUCAAUGACGUGAUGACUACGCAAUCUGAAAUUAAAAAGAAACUAAACAUUAACAGCACACUAUUACCAGUUGCUGAGAAUAAAUCCAAUGAGUAUGUUGAAAUAUCUACUGUGGAGAAUUGCACAAUUGAAGAAGAUAUCCAAAGGCUUUCAUUUAGGGACCCAAGUACAAAUUUGAACAUAUCCAAACCAUUAGACUCAGCAAUCCGUGGAAGCAUUUAUGAGUUUAUCAACAAGUAUUUGAUUCCCCACAUGCAAACGAAAAUCCGCGCUUGGGAUGAUCAAUUUCUACAACCCAAAAAGUCCAUUGCUGGUCGUUUUUUCUCGGCCUCGAGGAAACUUUUCAACAAUAAUAGUGAUUCAAAUUUACUUUCUUCCGUCUCCUCGUCGUCUGGAUCUGCGUCUCACUCGAUACCAUCGACACCUGCAUCAUUCAAUUUUGCAGAGAAUUUCUACUACAAGUCGACACCAGAACAGUCAAUCCGUAAGCUUGCAGAUUGGUCGUUAAUACUUCGAGAUUUUAAAUAUGCUUACUCAACAUAUGAUCUUGUAAAAAAGGACUAUAGUAAUGACCGUGCAUGGAUAUAUGUUGCCUCUGCGCAAGAAAUGUGUAUUGUAUCACUCCUCUUGGCACAAACUCAACAAAUGCCAAAUCCAUCCCUGCGACCUCAGCCACCGGAUAAAAACACUUUAAGGAAGAUUAGACACGAUAUAAUUGAGCCGUUUAUGGACAACUUGUGCUAUACUUUCAAGUCUCGAUUCAAUUUGAAAACUUAUUGUUUUAAAAGCCAAUUGAUGGUGGUUGAACUCCUAUUGGCAAUGAGUCAGAUGUACAACCUUGCGUGGUGGUGGCAAGACCUUAUAGAGAAGUACUUACUCCAGCUUUUGGGCGACUUUAGCCAACACUUGAGUGCUGUUAAUGCGCUGCAAUGGCUGCUGCUGCCGUUAAGUUACUCAUUGAUUAAAGCUGUAUUAUCAGAAAGAAUCGGUUAUACAAAUGCAAGUUUUUACAAAGUUUCCGAAAUAAUGGGAACAAAAGCGCCACUGGAUAUUGAAGGAAAGACACUCGAGGAACAAGGAAUGUACGUUAAUAAACAAAAGCUAUUGCCCAUUCAAUCAACUGCGGGGUUAACACGACUUCGCAAGGCUGCAUUAUGGUAUUUGAUCUCGAUAAGGGAAUGGAAGCUGGCGAAUAACAAAUCGAAAAACUAUUAUAACUUAUUAGAGGCUGUUGAGAAUAUCUACAGAGAUGGUUGUAGUGAUUAUAAAGACGAUUUGAUGUGGUUUAAUAGAAAAGAUACAUUAUUUAGCAUAUUUAAAGAGUAA